GCGAUAUUCAUUCGUCCUAGAUAUUUCUGAAUAUAAUUUGGCUCAUCUGUUCUGACCAUGUCGUUAGCGAUGAUAUCCUGCAGAUAUGCAAAAAACACGCCAUCCAUGCCGUUAUUCCAGGCUACGGGUUUCUCAGCGAGAAUGUGGACUUCGCGAAGAGGGUAAUAGAUGCCGGGAUGGUCUUCGUUGGCCCAUCUUCGGACUCGAUUCUAGAGAUGGGCUUGAAACAUAGAGCAAGAGAGAUUGCAAUUCAGGCGAAGGUGCCCGUGGUACCUGGCACCGAUCUGCUCGAAUCCGAGGACGAAGUAUUGGCUGCCGCGGAGCGCCUUGGAUAUCCAGUGAUGCUCAAAGCCACCGGUGGAGGAGGCGGUAUGGGUCUUCAAGUCUGCAAAUCGACCGAGGACGUUAGCGCUGCUUUCGCCAUGGUCCGCAGUAGAGGAGAGAAGCUGUUCAAGAACUCAGGGUUGUUUCUCGAAAAAUACUAUCUCAAUAGUCGCCAUAUAGAGGUCCAGGUCUUUGGCAAUGGCACCGAGACCGUUCACUUCGGCGAGAGGGAAUGUAGCAUUCAACGUCGGCACCAGAAGGUCAUCGAAGAGUGUCCAAGUCCGUUUGUUGCAGCUCAUCCCGAACUUCGGCAACAGCUGACCGAAUGCGCCACGCGGUAUGCCAUGCGACUGAAUUACAAAUCCGCAGGCACAGUCGAGUUUCUAGUCGACGAUGAGAGCGGUGGCUUCUUCUUCUUAGAAAUGAACACCAGAUUGCAGGUCGAACACGGAAUUACAGAACUGUGUUACGACGUUGAUCUAGUCGCUCUCAUGUUGCGACAAGCUGAUAUGGAAAAACUCGGGGCUGGUGGCAUCCCAUCAUCAGAACUCCGCAGUUUGCAAAAGCCUGGUCCUACCAGCGCGGCGAUCGAGGCUCGUAUUUAUGCGGAAGAUCCAUACCGAGGGUUUGCCCCCAGCCCCGGUAUCUUCCAAGAAGUUCACUGGCCGGAACAAGAAGGGGUACGAAUAGACACGUGGGUUCAAUCUGGCCAGGACGUGAGCCUACACUAUGAUCCCCUACUGGCAAAAGUCAUGGUGCAUGCGCCCACGAGGGAGCAGGCCAUAGAGAAGAUGGGCGAUAUUUGUUCAGAAGGCAUCGCUCUGAAAGGCCCUACAACCAAUCUGGACUUUUUAAGGAAAGUGAUGGCCAGCGAUGCCUUCGACAAGGGGGAUACAUUGACAAAUUUCCUAGACACCCGCUUCGCUUAUGAGCCGUGCGGGAUCGACAUUAUUAGUCCUGGCGCCUAUUCGACCAUCCAAGAUUUCCCGGCACGAGCAUCAAUUGGCCAUGGUGUUCCCAAGAGCGGUCCAAUGGACAACAUAACUGCUCGUAUUGCUAAUCUCCUGGUGCACAACGCACCAGGGACAGAGGUUAUUGAGAUGACCUUAUUUGGGGCGGAGCUCCUAUUCACAUCCGCAGCAGUGGUAUCAGUGUGCGGUGCAAGCGCUCUAGUGACUGUUGACGGAAGUGAGCGACCUAUGUGGUCUACUCUCGUGGUCAAGGCUGGUCAAACUCUGAAAAUCGGUACAGUUAGUGGUGUUGGCUGUCGAAUGUACCUCGCUGUUCGAGGAGGUUUCCCUAAUAUCCCCCUAUUUUGUGGAUCCAGGUCAACAACUCCAAGCCUGAAAUUUGGUGGUACCCAGGGACGAACGAUCCGUAAAGGUGAUUUCCUGCAACUCACGGAUUUGACUUCGACGUGGGCGGCCGAGACUCAUGAAUACACUCUCCCGUCCGCCAUGAUACCACCGAUGGAGGUCAAGGAAGUGUAUGUUCUACAAGGUCCCCACGAUUCCGACGACAUAAUGACCAUGGCGGACAAGGACAUGUUGUACAACACAGAAUGGAAAGUGGGCCACAAUUCGAAUAGAACCGGUGUCCGCAUUAUUGGCCCAGCACCGGAAUGGGCUCGAAAAGACGGAGGCGAGGCUGGUUCCCACCCUUCCAACUAUCUCGAUUAUGGCUACCCUUCUCCUGGAGGUGUGAACUGGGGCGGUGACUCCGGCUGUAUAUUCUCAGUGGACAGCCCGAAUUUCGGAGGACUCAUCUGCUCGACCACGGUGAUCUCCGCCGAGAUGUGGAAGUUGGGCCAAUUGAAACCUGAUACCUCCUUUCGCAUGAUACCCGUGUCUCUCGAAGAUGCCGUCCAGCAAAUUCGCCGUGUCGAUCUAUGCCUUUCGGCUAUUGCGGAUGAAAUCGAUGGAAAGCUUGCGGCUGCAGUACAGCCGGUCUGGAGUCUUGGUCGCAGUGAUAUCAUACCGUACGGUGCUGUUUUGCAGACCGUCCAAGCAUCCUCGGAAAAUCCACUCCGACCUAAAGUGGUGUAUCGACAGGCUGGGGAUAGAUUCCUUCUGAUCGAAUUUGGCGAGCAGAGGACGGAUAUUGCCGUGGUCGCUUUAAUUCGGCUGCUAAUGGAGAAGUUGGAGUCGCUGGCCGAUCUAACGCUGCUCCUCACCCCACAUGUGGGAUCAGUGACAAUCGAAUACGAUCCAUUCCAGAUAUCCCAGAGCAAGCUCCUGUCGCGCAUUCAUGAAAUCGAAUCCAACAUCCUGGCGACGAUCGAUAUAACCAUUCCUUGCCGUGAGAUCCGAUUGCCACUUGUGAUGGACCAUCCGGAUGUUCAGGAGUGUAUCCAGAGAUACAUGGACACGGUCAGGAACAAAGCAGCAUAUCUUCCCGACAACAUUGAGUAUCUCCGCAAGUGCAAUGGCUUGCAGUCACGAAGGGAAGUUUUCGAGAAAAUGCUCCAUACGGAAUACGUAGUGGUGGCUGUUGGGUUCCUCUGCGGUGCUCCAAUGCUCUUUCCACUGAAUCCGACAUUCCUACAGUGUCAAAAAUACAACCCCACAAGGGUGUCGACUCCGGGUGGAACCUUAGGGCUUGGUGGCUCCAUCGUGGCUGCUUACCCCAUUGAGCAGCCAGGAGGGUACAUGAUUGUCGCAAGGUCCUUAGAGCUGUGGGACCCAUUCGGGACCAAGCCAGGAUUUACCUCGGAGAGGCCAUGGAUGUUUGAACCUUUCGACAAAAUCAAAUUCUACGAAGUGAGCGUCGAAGAGUACGAUUUGCUAGCACUAGAUUUCUCUGCUGGGAGAUAUCAGUGGCAGGUUUCAGAGUCGUCUUUCAAUGUGCGCGAGGCAUAUGACACGUUCCAAAAGGCGAAGUCCGAUGCUAGUGUUCUCGAGUACAAGAGGCGCCAACAAGAAGGACUGAAGGAGCAAGAGCAAAUUGAAAGAGGCCUUUACUCCACGUGGAAGGCCGAGAUAGAAUCGGAAGAGAAGGCGGAAUUGGGAGGUGAGAGUACGGUGGACCUAAACGACACCAACUCCGUUUCAUCACCAAUGGCGGCCAAUGUGUGGAAGGUAGAAGUGAAGCCCGGAGACGAACUCAAAGAAGGCCAACUCAUCUCGAUCCUGGAAGCCAUGAAGAUGGAGGUCAAUAUCUAUGCUCAAAAGAGUUUAGCUGGCUUGAAGGUCGAUGCGAUUCUGAAAAAGCCUGGAAGUAUCGUCGGUGCUGGUGAUGUGAUUCUGAGCGCUAAAUAAAGAAUACGUAUAUGAAAAGAGAGCACGCAGGACUAUCUACAUAAUAUAUACUGCAACAUCGAGAUGUAUUUGUCUGGCCAGAAAGAACAGGGUGAAUUGGAUGCCAAAGUCGAGUCUGGGUUCGUCUCUUAUCAUUCAGGCAACUUUGGUAUUAUUUUCUGUC